AUAACUUAGAACAAGAAAAAGAACCGAACGAAAAGCUGAUAGAAUACAUCAAUCCAAGAAAAUUAAAGAAUGGCUUUAGCUGUUGUGAAUGGACCAACGGUGAUCGAAUUUGUAGAAGAUCAGAAAGCGUUCGAAAUCUGCGUUGAGGAAUGCUUUGAAAUGCUUGAUGCUGAUGGUGAUGGAGUGAUUUCACGUAAUGAGCUUUGUGCAGGAUUUUGCAAGCUCAUGGUUCAGCCAAUACAAGACAUGAAUAAUCUUUACGAUGCGAUUUUCGAAAGAUUUGAUGAGGAUAAAAUUGGGAGUAUUGAUCGUCAACAGUUUAGGUCCUUAAUGAAGGAGAUUAUGUUCGCCAUGGCUCGUGGGAUCGGUAAUUCUCCUGUUCUAAUGGCUCUUGAUUCUGAAAGCUUGCUCAUGAAGGCAGUCCAACAUGAACAUGCCAAGAAAUGAAAACCCUAUUUCUGUAUAUCUUUAAUUUCUUCAUCUUAGUUAAUUUUGAUCAAGAUUAAGUGGAAAAAAAAUAAAUAAUAAUGCAUUAUAUAUCAUUCUUUUUAUUGGGAAAAGAUGAUAGAAAUUUCUUUCUUUUUCA